GUCGUUCAAUUUAUCUUCGCCUUCUACAUCUGGGAGUUUGGGCGUUUUUUGGUGGCACAGCUGGAAGUGACGAGGAACACUUUGUACCUGCUUGAGUCUCGUCGUACCUGAGGCUGUGGAAUCGAAUUUCAGCUCCUAUUUUUGAUCUGAGCAUCCUAUCGCUAUACUGGUUACGAAGAAAGUCACGUUUCGCUGUCGAAAGUUCACGACAUCAUUUAUCCAACCCUCGUUGUAUCCCUACUCUAACGGUAUCGAACAUCUCCCACGAUGCGUCGCUCCAUCCUGCUUUCGGCCACGGCCACUCUACUCCCACUAACGGCCCUCGCACAAUCCUCCUCACCCAAGCGCGGUCUCUGCCACGUCAAAGAGAACGGCAACACAGCCGACGACAAGAUCUGGACCUCGGGCCCCAGCAAUCCCACCUGGUACUACAACUACGGCAAAGACCCAUCUGCCGCCUACUCCUCUGACAAAUCCCUCCAAUUCGUCCCCAUGCUCUGGGGCGCCAGCUCUUCAGAUAGCGGCACACCUUUCUACGACUCGGUCAAGCGCCAAAUCGACUCAGGCGCAAAUAUCAGCUACGUCCUUGCCUUUAACGAGCCUGAUGGCACGCAUACUACGGGCGGGUCCAACCUCGAAGUCAACCUCGCGGCCGCGCGCUGGAAAGCCGAAAUCGAGCCGCUGAAGCAACUCGGCGUCAAGCUAGGCGCGCCCGCUGUCACCGGCGCUCAAAGCGGCUGGAACUGGCUGGACAACUGGUUCAAGGCGUGCGACGGCGGUUGCAAUCCCGACUUCAUCCCGGUCCAUUGGUAUGGCAAUUUCGAGGGCAUGAUGAGCCAUGUUGGGCAGGUUACGAAUAAGUGGCCGAAUCUAACGGUGUGGGUUACCGAGUAUGGGUAUCCGAAUAAGGGGCUCGAGGAGACGCAGAUGUUCUUCAAUAUGAGUGCGCAGGCGUUUGAUCGGUGGCCGAACGUUACGCACUACUCUUACUUCGGCGCUUUCCGCUCCUCAGUAUCGAACGUCGGUGCGAACGCUGCUAUGCUCACGCAGAACGGCGAGUUGACGGAUAUCGGAUCGUGGUACAUCGGCGGCGCGGCUACUAACAAUAUCCCCAAGUCGUCCAGCGCAUCUCGCAAGACAUCGUUCGUCUCUCGACUCUUCAGCGAACCGGAUAACUGGAAGUCCUACCAGAUCACCGACACCGCUGAUGCGCAUAUGAACAACUCCUACACAUUUUGGUGGUUCCACUUGUACUUUGUGUUAUUACUCUUGUCUGGACCAGCUGGACAACUGAGCGUGGGUGAGAGGAUGGGUUGGGCAAAUAAUGUUUUUUAUGCUGUGGGAUUGACGAAUCUAGUUCGUUGGUUCACGGAGGGUGUAGAGAUGAAGAUGUGGGCUCGAUUGUGUCGAGGUAUUAUAUGA